AUGAAGCAACGGAUAACAUAUGUUGUGACGGAGCCCGAAUCUUUUAACCCUGAGCAGAUCAGCGUUCAAAAAGGUGUCAACGGAAAUGCCGACAUCUUCAAGUUGAACGGCGUCAAUGCAGCGAAAGAACACCGUAUCACACUUGGUCUCGAUGAGCUAUCUCAGACUCCAAUCGAUAUCAAAAAUCUCAAGCAAUGGCAUGAAUUGCAUAUCCGCUGGACUUCUGAGGUUCCAUAUUCAUUAACUCCUCCAUUCACGUCACGUGUAUCACCAGGCCUACACAUCUUCUUCACGCCAUCAGGAGACAGCAAUGAAAUCGACCUCUGCAAGGAAAUACAAUCGAUCUUUGGUCAGCAUCUGAAGUGUUCAUCAUAUAACGAAACAGCGAUCAAGAUGCCCAUGCUAUCAGAGCGCUUUUCCAUGUCUACAGCCUCGCAGUACUACUCGCCAUUCUCGUUUGACGAACUCAACAAGUCAUUACUUUCAGAGGUAACUUGUCCGAAUGACAAUGAUACAUGCAGGUAUCUGAAAAAAUACCUGCCGUCAGCUUCAUACGUUGACCUCGACUACGAUGCAAUCUCACAAGCUUGGAUUUUCACCGCUGUUUGGCCCAAAGCACCCAGUGACGCAGGAUGGACGGACACAAUAGUCAAACGUCAAGAGGAGCAAUCGACAGUCGAGAUUGGCGUUCUAGCCCACGAACCCAACACGGACCCAGAGGACAUCCAGUUUGGAGGGUUCCUGGCCGUGCUAGGCCAGGAUGACAAACCAAAGCCAACACGUUUCCAAACACCAACCCGACACUAUCCCCUUCUGACAGCAGACCCUUACAACCCCAACUCCACCCCGAAGCUCUCGCCUCUGACGUACACCACCUCCCUCCAACGCCCAACCGGUCUUCACCCAACGCUAAUGCUCACCUUCCCGACCGAGCAUCUCACCCCACCCGACCCAACGUGCAAGCUGCACACGCACCUCACCCUGCCCUCUACCCUCUUCAUCGACAAAUACCAAUUCAACGACCCGCUCUUCCUAGCCUCGAAGAACAUAAUUGCCCUCCGCAGCAUCGCCGGCGCCACCGACCUCGAAGCCCCAGACUGGGUCGUCCCACAAUGGGGAUCCGCAUCUCUAUUCGAGCUGGCCUCGCCUUCGAUUCCAUCUUCUGACACCAACACCGACACUCGCACUAAUCACGUCAAUGCAGGAAAUUGGAACAUCUCCAUCCCCCUGCACCUGCGCUAUCUUCCAGCCUCCAACGCAUCCCACACGGUCGCCAGCGUCCCCUGGCCCGUCGUCUUCUGGGCGUGCCGCGCCGACGAGGGCGAGAAGAUGAGUGUGAAUCCAUUCGACCGCAGACAUCUGGGGUAUGAGGCAUUGUUUGGGCCCAAGACACGGUUCAUGCAUGUCGAGCCUGCGACGAGCACAGGGAAGAUGGUGGAGACGAUCGAUGUGCCUGUAUUGGAUACAAGGAAGGCUGCUUGGGUGGAGACGGGGACUGUGGGUGUUGUGCUUGUUGCGUUCUUGGGUCUGUGUUGGGUGCUGUUUGGAAGGAUUGGAGGACAGAGGGUGGAGAGGGAGAAGAAGAAGCAGUAA